AUAUUAGCUAGCUAUCUGAGACUAAGAGAGAGAGAUGGGCGUGCAGGUUGGUUUUUCCUGAAACCGGACCGUAUAACCCAGACUGAGAUCGGACCCGGACCGGAUAGUAAACAAUCCAAUCCAAUAUUUGGGCUUAGAUUUGAGGUAAAAAAUCGUUCGAGACCGGAUCAAAAACUGGACAAAGAUCGGAUAAAAGAGCUCAACACCCAAAGCUUAAGGGUAAUUUGCAUAAACGGUCACAAACCUUUGCACUUAGCACAAAACUUAACCAACUCAUCACCCUUUCAGGCCUUAGACCACUCAAAUCCCCCACAAGCUCAAUAUAAAAUCAAGAUCGAAUUGGGACCGAACCGGGUCAAGACCGGAUCAAGACCGGACUGUAUCCAAUCCAAUCUUUGGUCCUUAUAUUUUCAAAAAGACCAAACUAAACCGGAUCAAUUUGGGUCAAUUUAACCGGACCGGACCGUAUAGCCACCCCUAGUACUUUCUGUCUGUAUUGUGUCUUUCUCUCCGUAUUUUAGUUACAGUCGGUGGUUUUGCUCCUUGGACAGUUGGACCUUCUUUAGAGCUCCUCAUGUAAUAAUCACUUUCUGCGAAAUACACAAAAUGUCCUAUUCCGCUCGAAAACUUUAACUGAGGUAUUUAAGAUGCUGACUGGACUUAUGUUUUUUGCUGACUUGGUCCGUAUUUUGUCAACAACAAUGAUAAGUGGAAUUGUGAAAAAUCAAAUAAAAGAAUUAAAUAGGGCCAUUGUCUAUUGCGUGCCUAUAUUAAUCACUAGAUCCCCAAGCCAAGAAACGUGCUUGAAUUAUUUGGUCACGUAUGUUAUUUGUGAUAUGUGUGCUUGUAACUGACUUGCGUUUGUGAGAGUACGAUCUGGUUAUUUACUUCUAUUGUAGACGAGACCUCAUGAAUAAGAGUAUAUCUUAUAAAAAUUGAAGGAGGGUAAAAUCCAAACAAAGAAACCUUGAUUAGACAUAUUGGUAGUCAAUGUAUUAGUCAUCCCCACAAUACAAGGUGAAACUAUCCUAAACAGGGAAUGGAUCAGAUCAGUAACCUUGGACUAUCCACAACAAGAUGGGGAAAAGAGGGAAAAAGGGAAAAAAAGAAUGGGAAAUCCCACAAUAGGGUAGGGAAAGAAAGGAAAAAGUGGUAGGUUUUCCCUUCACUAGAAGACAAAUGGAGGAGAGGAAAAUGAAAAGGGGUGGGUGGGACCCGAUGGUUUAUAUUUUUGUUUUCUUUUUCUUUUUUGAUUGAUUUAGUUGUUUUAAUUAGUGAUUAUAGUAAGUUAUUGGAUAACAAUCAUAUUUUUCAACAUUCAUAUUUUUUAACAGCAAUAUUUCCUACAAUCUUAUUUCCAACAUCUAUAUUUUUCGUUAUUGAUGACGUUAUAUUUAAUCAGUGAUAAAAAAUUAUGUCCAAAUUAAAAAAAAUAUAUCAAAAUGUUCAUCUUAAUUUAUUAUUACUACUUAUAUAAAGAUUAUGAAUAAAUUAUCUUAAUAAAGUGAUGAGAUCAACACUAAAUUGAUUUUGGCAAAAAAAGCUCUUAUCAAUUACCCUAUUUUUCCUUCCCACCCAUUGUGGCCAAACCAUUUCCCAAACCCUCAUUUCCCUAUUUUCCCACCCAAAUUUUCCUCUUUUCCCUUCCACCAUUGUGGAUGGUCUUAUGGUGAGUAACCAUGAGUAACCCAUCCACAUCAGCAUGACAUCAGCAUCCUCUCUCUCUUGGAAAGAUUUUAAUUUUCCCUCUUUAAUCUUUGACAGACGAUUUCUCACUCAUUUAAAGUUGAAAUUUAAUUUUUUUGCACAUUUAGAUCUGAUUAAUUGUGCUCUUCAAAAUGAUAUCCACUUUGAUAUAUUUUUCGAACAAAAAAAAUUGAGCCAUUUUUACCAGUCUAUAUCAUAUGGUAUUGACUAGUAUUGAAAUAAAAGCAUACCUAUGGUUUGAAAAACGUACCAUGGUGGUAUGAACAAACCAAGACUGUAGGAUGGUUUAAUACAUGAUAGUAGAAGUAUAUUAAUUGUCAUUUACGACUUUUAACAUUGUAUACCACAAGAUACCACCGCGUACCAGGGUGGUAUUGUGUGGUAUUUUUUGGUCCUGUAAUUUGUUCACCCAGAAAUUUGUAGAUCCAAUAGAUCAUGAUGAACUCGUCUCUUCUGUGCAAACGUUUUAAAAAACGAAUUAAAAACGAAGAAGAUACCAUAUGGUAUGCAGUUGGUACCGCGAGACCAGAUUUUUUUUUCUCAAAAAAUAUUGAAAAUUGAUCUCAUUUUGUAGAGCACGAUGAACUCGUUCCAUCUGUGCAAAAAAAAAAUUAAAAUCCGAGUUAAAACGAAAAAGAUAUGAGUCAAUUAAGAAAACUAGAAAAAAUAAAAAUGGUCUUUAAUUCUCCAUCCUUAUAUCUGAAUUUUCUAAAUAAAAGGUCUAUAUUUGGUUAUUGAUGGGUGAAGCAAUAAGUAACAAGAGUAAAAAGAUAAACAUAUUGUUUACAAGGCUCAAGAUAGGGUGCAUAACCCAUGGUUAUGCACCCUAUCUUGAGCCUUGUAAACAAUAUGUUUAUCUUUUUACUCUUGUUACUUAUUGCUUCGUUUACUUUCAGGCUUUAAUUAUAUUUUGCAUUAAUUUUGCAACUUUUACCUCUACCCUCCCUUAUACUCUCUAUAGUUAGUGUUAGUAGAAUUAAUGGAUACUAGGGCACCUCAAUCUAACUUUAACACUCAAUACUCUAGUAGUUUGUCUAAAGUAGAAACAUUGUCGGAUGCCCAAUGGAAUACAAUCCUAGACAUUAGUUUAUGUUAUUAGUUUUUUACGCAUAUAUAGUCGUCACACAUUUCUUGGAAUCUUUUAUCCAUGGUUCGAGUUACCGUUAUGUUUUAUUCAUCGUUCUGUGGGCAUAAUUCUCAUCACAUUUUGGAUCUUCUCUCCAGAAGAAAUGUGCUUACAAUGAAUUUUUUGUCUCUUACCAUAUGAUAGCAUUUUUUUAUAUUAGCAAUAACGACGGUGCUGACAUAAUUUAUCAACACCGUCAAAAUCGGUUUUUCUUGUAAGGAAUCUCUUCUAGGAAUCCCCUCAGCCAAAUCAAAUUUUCACUAACAGUUACUAGUGCUAUCAUUUCUAUUUCCACAGUUAAUUGAGCCAAAAUUAUUUGCUUCUUAUACCUCCAAGACACACAGCUCCAUCAACUAUGUUAAAAAAAAUCCCCCGUUGCUUUAAUUGGAGGUUCAUAUGAUAGGUGUUCCAAUCUGCAUCACUAUACCCUUCUAAUUAGGGGUGGCUAUUUGGACCGGGACCGGAUUAAAAACUGGAAAUCGGACCGUAUAACCCGGACCGAGACCGGACCGGGACCGGAUAGUAAACAAUCCAAUCCAAUUUUUGGGCUUAGAUUUGAGGUAAAAAACCGGAUAAAGACCGGAUAAGAGAGCUCAACACCCAAAACUUAAGGGUAAUUUGCAUAAACGGUCACAAACCUUUGCACUUAGUACAAAACUUAACCAACUCCUCACCCUUUAAGGCCUUAGGCCACUCAAAUCUCACAAUCUCAAUGUAAAAUCAAGACCGAAUUGGGACCGGACCGGAUCAAAACCGGACCGGAUCAAGACCGGACUGAAUCCAAUCCCAUCUUCGGUCCUUAUAUUUUCAAAAAGACCGGAAUGGACUGGAUCAAUUUGGGCCAAUUUAACCGGACCGGACCGUAUAGCCACCCCUACUUCUAAUAUAGCUUGAAAGCUUUGAUAUUGUAUACCAAGAUUUUGAUAGAGCAUAUUUUUUAGACUUGGUGCAUCUUAUACACGAAGAAAAAAAUAGUGGUGUAUACCCUACACUCGCCCCAAACAUAUAUAAUAACUAGAAUUGUGAAAGACUAUGCAUAUAUCGUUCAAUAAGCAAGUAAUCUCACAUACAAACGAAUGAGUAGCCAUCCACACAUAAUAACAGUCUGAUCCUUAUUCCUUCAUACGCUCCAAAAUCCUCUUUCAGCCGAACCUUUUCAACCUUCCUCAUGAUCGGCAUCAGAUAAUAAAGCAGGGAAUGAUCUGUUGUGGCGGGUGAUGUUAUCUAUCAAUAGUGUUUUUCCUUUUUAUCAUGAUGAUUAUUCUUGUUCUUGAUUAAUUGUCCUCUAAUUUGGUAAUGUCCAAAGGCACGGAUCUGCAGUUUCAUUUAUCUUAUUGGGUAGCUAGGGUUCCGAUUGAGUUGAUCCGCUGUUCUCCUAAACACCUUUUUUUCUUCUUUCCCCGUUGUCUUUCUCCCCUUAAUUACUUUAUAUGCAAGGGAAUUAAUAAGCAUUGAGUAGAUUAUAUAGAAGUACCAAGCGACACCAGGAGAGUUCCCCGAAACACUUCAGUGAACAUGAUCAAGAGCUUUAAUUUAAUUUUGCUGGAAACCUUAUUCAGUCACUUGUCUCUCAUCAAUGAAGUAUUCGGAGGAACUCUAGGGGACACCUGGAUUUGAUGGAUUCGCACAAUCCUUUCCUUCUCUUCCUUUCCUUGCCUUGCUUGACUUGCAUUUUCAGCACUGUGAAUUUUGAGUACAAAUCAUGGCUGAUGAGGAUUUCUCAAUUUAUAAUGCAACCUCACAGUUACGUUGGAGGGACGAUGUUGGUAUAUCUGAAACUGGACGUCAUUGUGGCUUGGAUCAUCUUAAGGCUAAAAACAAAAACUCUUAAGGGAAUAUUUCACUUUUUAUAGAUUCAAGUUCCUUGGUUGUCCACGUAAAGCAAUCUUCAUCUUAGCUUUGCUAGUUGCGGCUAGCUAGAUAUUCAUAGCCUAAGAGUACGAAAUAUGAGAAUCUGCAUAUUUCAUUAUUGAAUGAAUGCUUGUAUGUAUGUAGGGCUUGGAAAUGUUCUUUCCCGUGAGUGUUCAAUCGGUUUCCAUGAUAAUUACCAAACCAAAUAAUCUCAAUUCUAUUAAUUAUGAAAUAUAAUAUCAUAAUCAAACCGACCAAACUAAUACAAUAAUCAAAAAUACCAAAAUAAUAUUUAUGUUCGGAUAAUUGGUUAACCAGGUUAUAAAUAUAACAUAACAUUAUUAAUGCAUCAAUCCGUAAUUUAUAAUUAAUGAAUAAAGUGUAACAAUCAACAAAUUUUUAACCUUUAACACAAAUACAUGCAACUAAUAUAGUUAUCUUACAGUCGUUAGAUGUAGUCACAUAACAAAAAUAUAUGUCAAUGGUUUGAAGUUAUUGAAUUAGGUGCGUAUGUGUAGAAUUUCUAGCAAUUAUCGUAGGCUGAAAAGCCCUUCUUUUUUAUAUUUUCAUCCCUCAUAAUGUAUGAGUUUUAUCUAAAUUAUGUGCCCAUGUGUUGUUAUCUAUACUCUAAAAAACAAGAGCACUUCUACUAUACUAUAUAGCAUUGGUGCUUUAAUGUACAACUUGAAGUUGUACCAUAACAUUAAAUGUAUAAGUUUAGGUUGUACCAUAAAGGAAUUUGUAGCAUUAUGUUAUGGUACAACUUUACAACUUGAAGUUGUUCCAUCACAUAAGGUACAAGUUUAAGUUGUACCAUAAAAGAAUUUGUACAAAAAGUAUAGGUGCAAUCUGAAGUUGUACCAUAACAUUAAAGGUACAAUUUCAAGUUGUAUCAUAAAGGCAAAAACCUAUAGCACCAAUGCUAUAUAGCAUUGUAAAAUUCCUCAAAAACAAAUGUAAUAUAGGAACAAUAAUGGACUUUAUUUUCUUAUGGAUCCAAAAGUGAGGAACUUUGACUCUUGAAUGGUUUUUAAAGUAUCAAGUAUGUGCAUAUAAUAUAUUAGGCAUAUGGAUAAUUAAUUAAUUUAUUUAUUGGUCAGGAGUGUGAUACCAAAACAAAAAGUUAAUCAAACCAAAUUAUCCAAUUACUAUUGAUUAAAUAGUUAACACGAUAACCAAUCUGUUUGAACACCCUUACUCUUACAAAUCGUAUAUAUGAUCUACCGUCUAUGUCGAGAGGUUGGAACACAAAUAAGGGUCCGACCAAACAUACUGUCCAUACCAUACCACAUUUGUGUGGUCUAGCUCAUAGCCAAUAUCCCCCCAAAAAACCACUUAAUCACAAGACAUUAGUACUUGAACAUCAGUUAAUAAUAUUGCUUUUCCUCAUCGAAGCAUAUUCUUUUAUAAAGGUAAUAUAUGUUUAAUUUUUUAUUUAAUUGAGUGUUAUUUGAAUGAUUUAAACCUUAGACAUCCAGAAUUCUAAAUUUAAAACUAGGAACCUCUCAUCAGAGCACUUUGCUAGCCAUAUCCCUUAUAUAUCUUAGGUGCUUUUACCUUUUUCAUGUUUUUGCCUGCAUGGUGACGGUGGCAUCUUGCAUGGGGUGGUUGAACCUAGGCAUGAAGAAUGGUCAAGUCAAGAAAGAAACAAAACAGAGAACAAAAUAGAGGGUGCCUGACUGUCAGAAUAAUAUCGUUGAGAGUAUGGGGAGAGAAAAAAAAAAGUCCUAUGUCUCCAUCUUUUCGUUUCAGCCUUUGCAAAUUGAUCACCUCCCGGAAUCCGUUUCUGAGUAUGGGUGAGUAUUACUGGCACAAUGUUCUCAGAAUCUCUGCUCAAAAAUUGGUCCUUGGAGGGAAGGCAAUUGGCACCAUAUGCCUCAAUUAUGACCAGGUUCCCUACGUACUCUGCCAAUUCUCUACAUGGUGAGUAAGGGGUUCUGGGUAUAUAAAGGGAAGAGUCAUUUGCUUGUUUAACCAACAAAACACUUAGCAAAUAUUUAUAAAAAAAAAAAAAAAACUGAAGCAAACUAGCUAACUACUUUUGUCAGUUGUCCCCUUGAGUUCUCCUGAGCACUUCAUUGCGGUGGCUCGAUCAGCAUCUUACUGAAGUGUUUGGGGGAACUCUGGGUGGCAUUUCACGCGAUAACUCAAGUUGUUGGAGACAAAAAAAACUGAAGCAAGCAGGCUAGCUAGCUAACUACUUUUGUCAGAUGUCCCCUUGAGUUCUCCUCAUCACUUCAUUGUGGUGGCUCGAUCAGCAUCCUACUGAAGUGUUUGGGGGAACUCUGGGUGACAUUUAACGCUAUAAUUCAAGUUGUAGGAAACCUAAGUCUCGAUGAGGAUCAGGUUUAUCUCAUUUCUUUUGCCAAUUUUAUACAACUUUCAUCAUGAGUCAGGAUGGGCAUUUGCCCUAAACAGUUCCAUGGCUAUUAUCUGGCCAAAACUAGUAAUUUGUAUAUUAAGAGACAGAAUCUGCCUUGAUUGAGCUUGUUCAUCAGUUUUAUUCCUUUGUACUGGUUGACAUUAAGCUUGGUGGACUUGAUUAAUCAUUUUGCUACACUUGCUUGAAAUUCGCUGACACUGAAGCUAAAUAUGCAGCAAAGGCUACCUCCCAGCCAGAGCUAGAGGAGGAUAUUUUUCUUCUGAAAAAUGGGGAAGUGAAAACUGAGGAACUGGGUCUUGAUAUCCCAUUUUGUAUGGAUGCAACUUACUUCUUGGGAAAUCUGGAGGAAAUUCGUAAAAGUUUGGCCGCGGAUCACAGUGCUCUUUCGGCCAGGGACGGGUUAGCAUGCUAACCCCUUAAGGGGUUGGUUUUUUGACACGCCUUUUAAUUGGUCAAUUUUUUAUUAAUUAUUAACAAGUAUUCAUGAAAGUAAAUAUAAUAAAUGUUCUGUUAUUAAAUACAAAGUAAGCAUUAAAUACACCACAUUAAUUACCACUUUACUGGUAUUUGUAUCACUGCACUGAUACUCAGAUAUGACAUUGCUACCAGUGCACUGAUAUCGCUACCAGUGCAGUGGUAUAUCUACCAGUACAGUGGUACACCGUAUCAGUGCAGUCGUAUAUUUUUUGGAGGUGGUCGGAGGGAGUCUGCCGAUGGGAUUUCACCGGAGAAGUGUGGCGGUCAGAGGAAGUCUGGUGGUCGGAGACUGCUGAAAAAGGAAAAAUCAAAUAUAGUGAGAGAAUUCCUAAUGUGUAUUUAAUGUGUGUAUUAAAUUCUAUAGUUGUAUUUAAUAUACUAGGGGGUGUCAUUUUCCAACCCCUAAGGGGGGUUAGCAUGCUAACCGACCCCUUUCGGCCAGAGUUUCUGGGAUUAUAAAUAGGAGGGUGAAAAAGUGUAAAUCUACACAAUAAAUAAAAGCCAAAUGAGAAAACUUGAAGCCCCAUUUCAAAUUUCCUGCAUCCAGAGUGAAAGUAGGAAGGGUAGAUUCAUCUUCACAGUUAUUUAUUAACUUCUUAUUUACAGAAAAGAAUACAUCAUUAAUGAGAUUUGAACCGUGGUCUCUUCGAACAAAGAUAAGAAACAUAACCAGUUACAAUAAACACAUUUGUGUGAGCUUUUCCAAUAAAAAACAUACAGGAGGCUUAAAUCUAAAAAAUCAUAGGACUUUUCCACCAUGGUUAGCAACCGAAAUGUCAUUGAUUCAAAUAUUCCAUACCGAAUUGCACUCUUGAAUGUCUAGAAGCUAUGUAGAAUUCUUAACAUAAACUUAAUUGUUAUAACUUCCAUAAAGUAACAAUAUUUUUAAACACAGAGCUUUUGAGUGAAUAUGGGGCACAUGUGUCUUUAAGAGAGGGGUAAAUGUGGAAAGGUUAAGUGAUGUUGGUUUGCCGAACGCGGAUGGAAAAGACACUACUAAUGUAAAUGAGCCCAAUUAGUGCCCCGACCCACUAAACGCUCAACCAUCGUCGUCUCUCCAAACUUUCUGUCAGACUCAACAGUCGGCUAACCUACUCUGCCUCUAUUGUUACGCUAGAGCAAUUUAGAUGGGUAUAUAUGGAAAGAUUGAGUGUUGUUGGUUUGCCCAACGCGGAUGGAGAAGGCGCUACUGAUGUAAACGGGCCCAAAUAGUAUCCGACACACUAAAAGCUCAACCCCCCGGGUUACUUUCGCUAAACCUAAUAUAAUAGUGAAAUGGGAAAGGUGUUUCCCCCAUUAGAAAAUUCUUGCAUCCAUAGCAAAAUUAGGAAGGGUAGAUUCGUCUUCACACUCAUUUAUUAUUUUCUUAUUUACAGGAAAAAUACAUUGGUGAUGGGAUUUGAAUCGUGAUCUCUUUGAGAAAAGACAAUAAACAUAAUCAGUUACACUAAACAAAUUUUUUUAAACUUUUUAAAUUAAAAACAUAAAAAAAAGUAUAAAUCUGGAAAAUCAUAGGAAUUUUUCGUCAUAGUUAGCUAAGCUAACUCUACCCUAAAUAUAUUUUUGGUAUUUGAUACUUCUAUUUUCAUACUUUGAUUAUUUUAAUUCAAAUUUAAUAAUUAUUUCUAUUUCUAUUUAUCUUAUAAAAGGAGAAUAAUUUUAAAAUCGCAAGCCUAAUGUCAUUGGUGCAAAUAUUGCACAUCGAAUUGCAGUAUUGAAUGUGUACAAGCGAUGCAAAAAUCUUGACAUAGACUUAAAUAAUAUAACUACCAUAAAGUAACAAUAUUUUUUAACAUAAAAGUUUUGAUUGAAUAUGGGGCACAUGUGUCUUUAAAAGAUGGUUAAAUAUGGAAAGGUUGAGUGAUGCUGGUUUGUCGAAUGCGGAUUGAAAAGACGCAACUAAUGUAAAUGGGUCUAAAUGGUGUCCUAGCCUACUAAACGCUCAACCAUCGUCGUCUCUCCAAACUUUCCCACCGGACUCGACAACCGCUUGACCUCCUAAACCUAUAUUGUUACGCAAAGAAAUUUUCGGAGGGGUAAAUAUGGAAAGUUUGAGUGUUCUUGGAGAGCUGACUGGUGGAUUGUUUAACUUCUUUGACAGUAAUGAGUGAUCUCUUAACACCAGUUCAUUUGGUUGAUCUUCUAGGUUGACUUUUGAGUUGAUUAAAGAUAAACAGUGUCCCGGGCUCUCGACCUACUAAACGCUCAACCAUUGUCGUCUCUCCAAACCUUUAAAUCGGACUCGAUAACCGCCUAACCUUCUUUACCUAUACUGUUAUGCAGAGCAAUUUUCGGAGGAGUAAAUAUGGAAAGGUUGAGUCUUCUUGCUUGGAGAGCUGACUGAUGGGUUAUUUAGUUUCUUUGAGAGUAAUGUGUGAUCUCUUAACAUCAGUUCAUAUGACUGAUCUUCUAGGUUGACUUUUGAGAUGAUUAAAGAUAAAUAGCUAUACUUUUUGUUGCUUUUGUUAUGAUACCCUUGUUUAGUAUCAUCAUUUUUCCGAUUUGAAAUGUUUUUGUGGUUAGUUUUCAGUAAACAAUGACUAUUCUGAUUAGUGUUAACAUAGUGAAUAGCUUCAAUCAUACCACUCUUACAGAAAAUUUAUAUGUAAGAGUUGAGAUCAUUUCCAAAUUAAACUAUUCAAGCUAUAAUGCUAAUCUUCAACAUAUAAAACAUGGUUUCUUUUGAGUGGAAUAACCUCAUGAUUGCAGAUAAGUUUUUACAAUAUGAUGUUUUGUGACAGUGUCACUUGCUUCCAGAUUUAAAAGUGGUGUUCUAAUUACUACAAUAUAAAAAAUACGAGUGAUAACCAUAAUUGGAGCAGAUACGAGAUGGUUUGAUAUCAUUCUCUCUGCAAGGAAUAAAUACAUUGUGAGAAUAUGUUGUCAUGGGAAGGACAAACCGAACUCUUUGUGUUUUUAGUAUAGCAUGUUGAUAUAUACGCAUUUCUAGACCCGAAUGAUUGGACAUCUCCACCUGGAAUUUAUUGAAGGGAUUUUUGCUCCUCAAAGCCGGGUGCCAGGUAAGCUCUCUCAUUAAUCAUUAUAUUUUUCUUAAUUUGCACAUGCACACCCUCAUAGGAAACAUGUACGGAAUUGUAAUUUGUGUGCUUCAUUAGUGUUGUUUCCAUAAGAUUGUACUAUAUGAGGUGGUUGUUCUAGAAUUGUGAAUCGUGAUUUUAUCUCCUCUAAGAAAUUGUCAAGUGAAGCUAUAAAAGAGGUCAACCUGAGCUUUCUAUUUAAUUUAGAUGGUAAGAGAGCAAUGACUUACAUCAAAUUGAUUGGGGGUUGAUAAUGUCUGGGAAACAGUUUAGCCUUCUUCAACGCAUCACAAGAUCCUUAUAGUAUCUCAACCAAAGCAAUUUUUAUUUUCAUGCAUGAUGUUGAUACAAGUUGCUUACCUAGAAGAGAACCCCAACAAGUUAGCUCUUGGAGUUGUGAUGCGAAAAUGGGUGAGACAGAAAUGGUUUAUACAAAAGGUCAUACAAUGAUCGUAUAAAAUACGUUGGUAGAGAUAGUCAUCAAUCUCAUUUUAUUGUAGAAGCCACCAAGGAGAAGAGAGGAAUCGCCAUUGGUACUCUAAAUUUUACAAGACUAUUAUAAUGAUCAUUUCUUUCAUUUCGUGUAAAUUUGUAUUAUGACUGAAGUGAUAUUAUCCCAAGCCAUAAAUUGCAGCAAGGAAUGGUAGUUUGAAUUAAUGUGCAAUGAUGCAAAAUGUCAUGUAGCUUCCACGAAAAAGGAGUAAGAGUGGACCAAUCAGUGUGUUUGUUGUAGAGAAGGAUAAGAAUCGUAAUAAUGGGGAGGUAUAUUGACAGAAGUUAUUAUCUGUUGGUGCUUCUAGACAUAUAUCGUUUGCCUGUUUCUUUUGUUUGUAUAUGAGAUUUCUAAAGCAGAUUGCAUGCUUUGAAUCUCUUUUUUUUCCUGACAUUUUAAUUAACAAAACUAUUUAUCAGAAAAAACUAACUGACGCAUUCCAUCGAGUUGAUUUGGACAUUGCUGGUUUUUGUUUUCUCAGCAAGAGAUUCAUCGCAUUUUGUAUCACUGUGGUUUUUGGUUUAAGGGCAAUCUAUAUUGGAGUUUUCUUAUGAAAUCUCUUGGUGACUUCCAUUUUUACCAUCGAUAGUUGGAGUCAGGUAAGCAUUCCUUUAGUUUUUUCAUGUUCACUCUAGGGGCAUCAUGGUGCAUGGCAAUAGUGGCUAUAUUGCAGGCUAAUGGCUUGGUUUGAAUUGUCUAUUAUAGUGUUUAUGUUUUACUGUUUCUUUUGCAAUGCAAUGGAAUAAUGACUUUCCAUCAUAUUAUUAUAGUAUUGUUGACCUACCUCCGGUCAUCGCCGCAUACAUGUAAACGAGUAACAUCAGUUACAAUCAAAGAGUCAAUUUCUGAGACUACAUCCGGCCAAGGGCCGGGCAAUGAGCUAGUAUCCUUUGUAUAGCAACUUGUUGGCAGGGGGCUAAGGUUUUCAUAUGUAGUUAUAUCUGACGUGAUUGUAAUUCUUCAAUAAGACCAAACUGGUUUGUGGGUUGAUUGAAAAUUGUUUGUGGAGGCAGGUUCUUGGUUCGAGUAUUACUGCUUGCAUGAUUUUUAAUCCUCUCAUCAAAUCAAUUUAUGUUCCUAUUUAUAUCACCCUCAUCAUUAUUUUACCUUAAUUGGAUUUGAUACUUCUUAUUUAUACCUAUGCAUAACUAUUUUACCUUAAUUGUAGUUGAAACUAAGAAAAGGGUUUGAUUUAAUCCAUAAACACCCCUCAUCAUUGUUGUUACCUUACUUACAAAGGUUUGGUGUAAUUCAUAAAUCAUGUAAUUAUUCAUUUUAUUUUAUGGUUAAAUUGUCAUCAUAAUCGUUAUUUGAAUAAAUAUGUGAACACAUAAUAGCUUUUUGUGUAUUUUUUCUACUAUCUAUUGAAAUAUUUUCUUCAUAAACUUACACUUAUUCGAAUGUAGUGCUAAAUUGAUUUCAAUUUAUAAAUAACUUGCAUGUUCUUAUUGACGUAAUGGUAUUUUGAUAGCAGUAAAAAGUGUAAUCGAAUCCAUAAAUUAUACAUUAUUAUAUUAUUUAUCGUAGUUAAAUGGUUGUUAUUUGAAUAAAUAUAUGAAUAAAAUUUUGUCAAUUAGUUAUGUAUUUUCACUGUGCCAUGGGAAAAAAAUUUCUCAGCCCCCCCCCCCCCCCCCCCAAUUUCAAAUCCUUGCUCCGCCCCUGUGUAUACGUAUGGGGAUCAUGAACAUAAGUAGGGGUGGGUAACGAAAAACGGAUAUUUGGCUAUACCCAUAGUAAUCCCGUUUUUUAGGAUUACGGAUAUUCACAUACACAUUAUUUAUUACGAAAUGAGAUUUGCGAUUAAGAAUUUCCACUUUGGAUACCCACGAUUACCCACUAAUACCCAUUUGGGUAGUAUGAUUAGGACCCGUAAUACCCAUUACAUUAUUUCCCUAUACAAUACAACCCAUAUGUGCAGAAGAAUGGUGCAUUAUAAUUCUGCCGGCCACCUAGGAUUAUUAGAAUCAUUAUUAUUAGUCUUUCGUAUUAAUUAUCGUUAGGAUUAUUCGGUUAUUCGUAUUAUUAUAUUAUGUCUUGUCUAGGAAGUAAUCGUUUACUAGUUGUGUUGGGAUUGGGUUUCCUUGUCUUAAGGGGAAGUAGUUUGUAGGACUUGGCCUAUAAAUAUGUAUCUUUAUCCUUCGUUUUAUUCUUUCGAUCAAUAAAGUCUAAUAUUAAUAGUAAAUUAGUUCUCUUUAUCGCAUUCCUUAGUUCGUUCGUAGAGAAGCUCGGGUACUACGAAGCGCGAGAUUCCUAUCACGCGCCAAAGAAUUAGCUUUGUUGUUUCCAGGAAGGCAAAAGUGUUUGAUUUUGAUCUUUGGUGUGUGAUGAGUGGAUGGAGAUGCAAAGAAGGGAGAAGAUGGAGGAUUGAAAUUGGAUAACAUCUCAUUUUGUGGUACUGGGAAAAAAAAAGUUACUGCUAUUUUGGAAAGUUUGCAGUGCUUUCAUUAGGGAGAUCAGAGAUGGAGAAGAGGAGACCUGCAAUCCAUUGUCCAAUUUCUCACACCAAUUGAUUCUUUUUGCGUAUUGUGUUCAUCUUCAAAAUUUCUCUUCUUAUGUUUCCUUAUUCUGGUUCUUCUAUGUGUAUGUUAACCUUCCUCCAGUUGAUUUUAAUGGGUUAUCUCUUUCCUUUUAAGUCAUAAUUUUAUUAUUUUCACAGAUAAAUCAGAUUAGUUGUGUUCUUCGAAAUGACAACCACUUUGAUAUCUUUUGGUACAAAAAAAUUAAGACAUUUAUUACCAGUUCAUACCAUUUGAUAAUACUUGGUAGUAUAUAAGACUAUACCACAAGGUAUGACUGUGUAAAAUGGUUUCAUACAUGAUGAUACUGUCGUUUAACACAUUUCAUCAUCAUAUACUACCGGGAAUUUUUUCCAGAAAUGCCACCCUAAAACUAAAUAAUUCCAAAAUACCACCAUUUUCAAAAUAAUUACAUUGAUACCACCCUUUCAGAUAAACCGCCACAGGAGGCAGCGGUUUUCAAUGAAACGCUGGGUAGAGCGGUGGUUUUUAUUUUUGGCACAAACCGCUGGGGCAAGUGGCGGUUUAAUGGCUGACCUAGAACAAAGCACAGCUAGACAUGACGGUUCAAGCUCAGCCAAAAGAAGCGUCACCUUAAUCAGCAGUUUGAUUUACCGAAAUACAAACCGCAGGGGCCGGUGGCGGUUUGCAUAUCAUCCCCAUCCCCUGGCAGUCGGCAUGCAGGGGGUGUAGACGUAGGGUUUGCAUAUGUACUCAUUCUAACUAACUAUAAAAAAGCGGUUAACUUUAUAGAAUUAAAUUGCACAAUUUCGAGGUGAGUUACAUUUUAGGUAGUUACAAGAAUCUAUUAAUUACAAUUCUCUCUCUUUCUCUCACUUCCAUAAUCUCCAGCAAGAUCCUCUUUCCUUAUUUUUCUCAAUCUUUCUGCAAAAGGAAGAAAAAAAUACGAAAUCACUACCAAUCCAUUAGACAACCACUACCACUUUGAAAAAUAUCAAUACCAUUGCAGAAAUAAAUCUAUACCAUUACACGAAAACUACCAAUAUAAAUAUAUACCAUUUCAUAAAAAUCAAUAUCAUUGCAGAUUUGAUCAAUACCAAUACAUGCAAAUUAAUAUCAUUACAUGAUAAUCAAUACCAAUGCGACGAAAACAAUACCAAUGCGAAAAAAUGCUACCACUACGAAAAAAUCACUACCAAUGCGAAAAAAAUCAAAUCUAGAAUUUUUAUUCAUCCCACCUUUUCCAGCCGCCUGUGUGAGAGAGAGAUUGCGAGGGGAGUGAGUGAAACCUAGCUGACCCCUUAGUGGAUUUCAUGAGGGAGACGCCACGCUCGUUGCUCAUGACCUUGGUUCCUCAUCAUCGUCGUCGACUGCAGAGGUAGGGAGGAGGGAUGGCGGGGAAGGGGAUGGUGGUGGUAGGCAAAUGGGGUUGUGGGGUGGGUGAGAGGGAGGACGGUGGUGGUAGGCAAAUGGGGUUGUGGGGUGGGUCAGAGGGAGGAGAGGUGGCGGCUAUGAAGAUAGUUGCAUUAGGGUUUAGGUAUAAUAUUAAUAUAGAGAGUAAUCAGGUGUGUUGCCUUUUCAUUUUCAAAAUUACCCUUAAUCUAAUCUUUAACGUCAAUUUAAAAAUAGGAUAACAUAAAGAUAAUAAAGGGUGUAGAUUAUGGUAGCCACCAUGAUUACUCAAAAUUGAGUAACCACGCUAACCUAUUCCAGAGAAUGCAUCUGAUUGUUACAAAGUGGGUUGUAACUGUAACCCAGACCCUUAUAAUGUGGAUGAGAUGUUGAUGUGAUAAAUGAUUAUGAUGAGAUUAAAGAGGUAUUGAUAAAUUGAGUAUUUGGUAAUUAUGUCAAGAUUUAUUGAGGAGAAUGAAUUAUUUAUAUCAUU